AACUGUAGGCUCUACAGUGUCUUGAAAAGCCUAAAAUCACAGGGAAAGAAAGAGGGUAGAAUCAAUCACAAUCACAAGAGAGAAGGAAAAUGGGUUGGAUCGGAGACACCGUAGACUCCAUUAAAUCGAUCCAGAUUCGGCAGCUACUCACCCAGGCCGUCAGUUUAGGAAUGAUUGUUACAUCUGCACUGAUAAUAUGGAAGGCAUUGAUGUGCAUCACUGGCAGUGAAUCUCCUGUGGUGGUUGUUCUCUCUGGAAGUAUGGAACCUGGCUUCAAGAGGGGUGACAUUUUGUUCUUGCACAUGAGUAAAGAUCCUAUUCGCACAGGAGAAAUUGUUGUUUUUAAUGUUGAUGGUCGUGAAAUUCCAAUUGUCCAUCGUGUGAUUAAGGUCCAUGAAAGGCAAGAUACUGGGGAAGUUGAUGUCCUCACAAAAGGAGAUAACAAUUAUGGGGAUGACAGGCUUUUAUAUGCUCAAGGGCAGCUUUGGCUUCAGCAGCACCACAUCAUGGGCAGAGCUGUUGGGUUUUUACCUUAUGUUGGUUGGGUAACCAUUAUAAUGACUGAAAAGCCUAUUAUCAAGUAUAUUCUUAUCGGCGUGUUGGGAUUACUUGUCAUAACUUCAAAGGACUAAUGGCUGAAACAAAAUUCAAAAGCUGCAAUGUAGUAGUUAGUACCCAUUGUCCUGGCUUUUCCUUGAAUGUAUCAUUUUGUUAACCAUUUUAUAAGUUGGACAAAAGAAAGAGUUGGUUUAUUUGAUACGUUAAACUGGUAGAUGAUCAUGCACCACGAGCAUUGUUUUGUUAGAUAUUUGGUUUAACUGUUCCACGUUUACUGCUUACGCCCAAGUCCCCCGACAUUUUAAGCUGAGAUGCUGGAAUGAAAGCCGAAUUAGUGAAA